UUUUGCCUAAUCUUGGCCUGUGACGUUUGAAAGGCGGGGCGCGGAGGCGGGUACGGAAGCCGAGCGGGGCCAAGCUCCCUAGUCGCUCGGAAGCAAGGAAAGGGGGCAAGAUGGUCUACAUCUCGAAUGGACAAGUGUUGGACAGCCGGAGUCAGUCUCCAUGGAGAUUAUCUUUGAUAACAGAUUUCUUCUGGGGAAUAGCUGAAUUUGUGGUUUUGUUCUUCAAAACUCUGCUUCAGCAAGAUGUGAAAAAAAGAAGAGGCUAUGGAAACUCAUCUGAUUCCAGAUAUGAUGAUGGAAGAGGGCCACCAGGAAACCCUCCCCGAAGAAUGGGUCGAAUCAAUCAUCUGCAUGGCCCCAGUCCUCCUCCAAUGGCUGGUGGAUGAGGAAGGUAAAUGUCUGCUCUAAGAAGCAGACAACAGGACAUGCACAUUCAUAGCAGAAGGAAACCAUCAGGAAGUGGAGGGCUGACCACGCUGGACGAGUGAUGAAUGUGUACGUCUAAACAAGGAUUGCUCUGUGUCUUCACAGAUGAAUGAGGUCAUGCUGGGAAUUCCCUCUGCAGGGAACUGGCCUGACUGACAUGCGGUUCUAUAAAUGCACAUGUUUGUCUCAUUAUCUUUUUUGUAUAGUUUAUUAAAGUAUCAAUAGUUUUAAUAAGUAAAUAUUUUUAGGUUGCAAAA